GCCAACGCCAACGAGAAGUAGCGUCGCUGUAGUCGAAGUGUUUGUUGAUCGUUUCAAGCGAAAAAGCGUCGAAGCCCGCAUUUUAACUGGCCAGAUAUGCCCCAGCGACUUUCUCGUGCUUUGUGAAAGGUCGUGUUCUUCAACGCAUUGUCUGCGCAUCUUCUUGAGGCUACGACAUGAGCGGACUUGAUGAGAAGGCGCAGUGUUCAAAUGCAUCUGCCAGUGAAAUAGAGGACCAGCAGUGUUCGAAUAAAUUACUAGACAAGCUCCUGCAGGAGUAUGAAGAGAAGUUCAAGUACAGAUACACUGACCAAGAUUCCAAAUACAUGGAUGUUGUCAACAAGCCAUUGCCACCGCCUCCCGUUGUCUAUCCUUGGUUCGUGCAGAAUAGGAGAUCGUACGACAGAAGAGACAACCGCCAGGAGGGUUACGGUCGUGGCAGAGGUGACAGGAAUAACAGCUGGCACAGAGGAGGGAGGCAAUGGGAGGAUCGACGCAGAGGCUACCAAGACUAUGGUGGUGGUAACCGUGGAUACAGAGACCGUGAAGACCACAGGCAGGAUUCACGUGAUAACUACUCAUACCAGCAAAGGCCAAGAAGAGACUACUAAUCUUGAAGUGCGACUGUGAAAUGAAUGUUAUUGUGUUUGAAAGUCUCACGCAAUAAACAUUUUCCUCAGUUUUUCACUGUACCGAAACUGGGUGCUUGCAA